AUGAUUAUGACAGUUGUUGCGAUUCCAAUUAUUGGCCAAUUUUGGAUUUAUCUUGUAUCAAAUGUUGAAUCUCUUCUUUGCUCGAUAUUUGUAUUAUACUAUCUUCUUUUUGAUCAAAAUCUUCGUCAACGUUUACAUAAUCAUGUCGUUAUCGUUAUUCUCAUCAUAAACUUCGUCACUGAAGUUACAGAUAUUCCAUGGAUUAGCUAUCAAUAUCGAUAUGGUGUUGUCUUGCUAUUUACACCAUUCUUUUGUCACACAUGGAAAUGUAUCGACAGUACAACAUAUUCAACGACAGCAAGGCUUGUUGCAUGGGCAUCCGUCGAAAGACAUAUUCUCAUUUUUCAUACUAAUUGGAUAACUACAAAAAAGAGAAAAAUUCUUUUGCAUUAUUUGCCGAUUAUCGCGAUUGUUACCUACGGAGUCGCAUUAUUCACGAUUACUCAUUUUUUCCUUUCUUGCGUUCGUCCCUUAAAUCCAAAUUCGCUCUACUGUGGAUUCUACAGCUGUAUUUACAACAGUGGAGCCUAUUCAAUGUUUGAAUUUAUCACCGGUGGUAUAACGAAUGGAUUUAUCAUUGCUACAUUUAGUGCAGCUCUUCUUGCUCGUAUUAUACGAAAAAAACUUCGUAUAAAUCAGGAAGUCAAUUGGCGUAAACAGCGUAAAAUGACUAUUCAACUUAUAUCAAUUACAUUAUUAUUUUACAUUUUCUAUUUGCCGGCUAUUAUCACGGCCAUCCUGACUACUGCUGGUGUUCCAAACUAUUAUUUUGAAAAUUUUAACGCUUAUGCACAAUUUUUCUCGUAUUACAUCAAUUUUCUACUUCCUUUUGUUUGUGCGGGAACAUUACCUCAGUUAAAAAUUAAAAUUAAAAAUACAUUACAAUUUUGGACACGGCAUAGACAUACUACUGCGGUUGUACCGACCCAACGUAUUGUUAUUCAAAGAGGAUUUUAA